AUGCGGUGGUCAGUGUUCUUCGCAUUGGUCCUGUCCCUGCUAUGUGUGGCAGGGACAUUGGCUGCACCAGCUCAGAACCUGGGACGCGAGAUAGAGGCAAGGCAGGAACAGGAAGCCGAAUCCGACAAGCCCGCGGAGAGUACAACUAGCGAGGCGUCGGCAACACAAACGAAUGCGUCAACGACGAUAUCGGAAUCGACAGCAACAGCAACGUCGACAUCAUCAACAUCUAAAUCAUCAGCUACCACCGGCACGGGUACUGCGACCACGACAAAUGCCAAAUCGACGACUGCCACGGCCGCUGAAGCUACCUCGACCGUCCCCUCUCUCGAUGGAGCCACUGCUGCCUCUCAGCAAGAAGCGGCCGAUUCAGCAAGGCCAACAUACUCCGGGGGACUUCCUAUCAAACCGGUCAUUACUCCGGCGCUGGGAGUGGGCGGUUUCAUUCUUUUGGCCUUGGGAGCCGUCCUCGCCUUUAUUGGCGUCCGUAAACAAUGGGUCCAAAUCUUCCUCUCAACCGCCUUCCUCACUGCGCUAGGUGUCACCGUCCUCAUCGUAUAUGUGAUGAGUCCACCCGUGAGUAAUGCUGUCCAAGGUGGCUAUGUGGUAGCCGUCUUUUUCACGGGAGCCGUCUUUGGUGGUCUCUCCAUGGUCUUCAAAGAAAUCUGCGAAGGAUUGGGCUGUCUUCUCGGCGGAUUCUGUCUGAGCAUGUGGUUCCUCGCCUUGAAGUCUGGUGGCCUUCUGACUGAAAGUGGCCCUAGGACCGGAAUGAUCAUUGCGUUCUCGGUUGGGUUUUAUUGUCUGUCGUUCAGUCAUUAUACACGUCCGUAUGGUUUAAUCGGAUGCUCGUCUUUUUCGGGUGCAACGGCAUUGGUUUUGGGCAUCGACUGCUUCAGCAGAGCUGGACUGAAAGAAUUCUGGCUGUACAUCUGGGGAUUGAACCAAAAUAUCUUCCCGCUCAAGACUAAUACUUACCCGGUCACUCGCAAUAUCCGUGUUGAGCUCGCUGUGACGAUCAUUGUCAGUGUUCUAGGCGUAAUUUCCCAGAUCAGGCUGUGGAAGGUCAUCAAAGAGCGCAGAGCCAAGGAAGAAGAUGCACGGAGAGAGCACGAGCGGAAGAUUGAAGAAGAGGAUGCCGAAGCCGGCCGACAAUUGGAAGAGAAGAACAACCAAGAACGUGCCGAAUGGGAAAUGACUUACGGUAAUGGCCAAGACAGCAAGAGCAAGACCGCUUCCGUCUCUGAAACGGCGGUUGGAGAAGAUUCGCGACGUGGCUCGGAUGGUUUCACAUCUUCAAACGACAAGGAUGGUGACAUUGAGAUGAAAGACAUGCAGACCCCCGAGGCCGGAGCUAGCAGUGAGAAAAAUGACGAAGCUCGAGAACUCGAGCCAGUGCAGGAGGAGGAUGCUCGGGAAUUGACCGAGCAGGAAAAGGAGCAAGGAGCUGAGCAGGAAAACGCCGAUUCCAAGGCCAGACCUGAAACGCCUGUCGUUACUCAUGUCCUCGGCCAGGACAAUGACAAUUCUUCUGAGAACGGAGCAGUCAUUGGCUCGGAGGCUGGUACACCACGUUCAAAACGCAUGUCUGGCAGAGAGCUGUUGAACCGACUCUCCUGGCGAAACAGCACUGAUAUGAAGGUCACUUCCCAGUCCCAGGAGGCUUUGGUCGUUCACAACGACGCCUCUUCAUCUGUGUAUGGCGUGGCGGAUGAUGCGGACGAUCUCCAGGAGGUGAGCGAAGGUUGCCCGAGUAUCGCAUCAGACCUCGAGGAGCGUGUUCAGAAAGGCCCGAUACAAGAAGUUAUUGUGCCAGAGAACCUGCCAGAGAAGCGUAGUGUUGAAAUGGACACAAAGUCAAAUGCUGGCUCGCAGGUUGUCCAUGAGAACACCACCCCAGAAGCAAAGAAGCCUACAGUGGACACAGUCGCGACAGAGCAUCAUGAUGAACAGAAAGACAUUACCCCAGACCCUGUUCCCAGCAAGGUUGUUCCUCAAGUUUCCAAGGAAGCUGGACUUGGCGUUAUCACAGGCGCAGCCAUGCAGAACGUUGCCCGUAAAGUGGUCUCCUAUGAAGCUGCUGCAAACAAGUCUACUCAGCCAACCAACACUGCUGAACCUGUCGCUCAGACUCCCAUUGAGAGCACCAUCGCGAGUCCUCUAGAUAGGACGGGAAUGUCAGUCAUGUCUGAGCAGCUUCAGUCUCCAGAUACUCCUGCAACAGAUAUUCAGCCUGAUAUCACCGAUUCACCAAAGAGCCAGCAGGAGGAGACAGUGGCCUUGGAGCAACCAUCUCAACAAGAUGGCCAGGCUGAGAGUGUGAAAGAGAAAGAGACUCCACCCACAAUCGACCAGGAGAAGAAGGAGGAGGAGGUCAUUCCCCUGCCUUCUCCGAAACCAGUCGAGAAGGUCAAGAAAGAGAAGGUCAUCAAGAAAUUGGACGCUUCAACUGUCAAGGCGUUGCCUGAGCAAACGUCCAGAAUCAUCCAUUCUUACCGCACAAAUGAAUGGGCCAAACAUCUGGCGGACGCCGACACCCCUGAGAUGGAGCCCAUUGAAUUCGAUAUUGUGCCUGAAGUAGAAGGCACUGAUGAAGUGCACGAGGCUCCAGCCUUUGUCGACGUCGACGGUCUUCUUCAGACACCUCUUAAUGCUCAACCACCUCCAGCUGUGAACAGGACUGAGUCCUAUGAGGUGGAAGCUAUUCAACCUGCGGUCAUUCCAUUGGUGUCUUCACCCGAAACGUCUCGAUCCAAGCUGAGGAACAGUCUUAGCAAGGCCAUGCAUAAUCCACUCUCCCGUAACGCCUCGACCGGCUCGGUAAACAUGCUACGGUCAUCCAGUGCCCAACCAGCACAUCCCCAAGAAGGACAAGCAGGAUUGCGCAGCGCCUCAACACCAUUUUUAACAAUCACCGCACCUGAAAACAAGGAAGCAGAACAAACACCAAAAUGGAACGGACCACCUCCCCUCCUCGCCGUCCGCGAGGACAUGGUCCGAAACCGCAUGUCGUCUACCUCCCUCCGCUACGAUCCCUGGGCAUCUCGCAACCAAACCCGCCAGUCCUAUAAUGAAAUCUCCCCCAUCUCCCCGCCCCUCUCAGUUCCCGAAGAAAGAGAGGAGGACCACGAGCAAGGCCCACCCCGCGACGAAGACGACAUCCCGCUCUCCAAACGGCGCACCAUGCUGCAACGCCAAACCAUACAAUCCCCAUACGCAACCAGCGUCCACAGCCUCGAAGCUCCAUCUCCAGCGCAAUCACCACCUCCAGGUGCAGAGCUCAAUCGAUCUGCGUCAAGAAUGGCAGCAUGGCGCCAGUCCGUCCGCGAUGAGAUCACCAACAAGCGUGAUCCCCUCGCUCUUCCUCCCCAGUCCCCGCCUCCUGGUGGUGCAGUGAGCCCCGAUCGACCGCAUAGUAGUCUCUGGGGCUCUGUGCAGCAGAUGCGGGAUGCCUCAUCAAACCAGCUUGACAAUGCCGUUGCCAAUGGCAUGCAGCGCGGCAGUAUGACCGAUUUACAUCGUCAGGCUAUGCGUCCCAUCCGUUCCUCUAAUCGCGCCCCCGUGGAGGCAACUCCGUCAAUCGCUCGCGCGCAGCGGCGACAGUGCGUUCCAAUUUCUGGCCCGCCGUCGCUCAUCCUCCGCCCAUCGGCCGUCCGCCUUGCAAACCCAGUCAAUCACGUCCCACGAAUAACUCCAAUAACCGUCCCAGCAUACCAAUCCGACGAAAGUCUCCCCCUAUCACACGGCAUCACAAGAGACGCUUUUCCCCUCCUCAGCGUCCCCGAGCGGCGGCGCAGCCGCUUAACACCAUCCCCAAGCAGCUUGCUCGUCGAGCGCAGCCAAGGCGAGACGGAAAGCGGCCGAACAAGCAUCGCUCUACCACCCCGACAUCGUCGCAGUGCACAUUUCUCCCCGACCGAUAUGGCAGCCGCAUUCGCAGGCAGCGCCGCAAUGGAGACGGAGAAUCUGCGACCACCCGAAGCCGUUCACCUAACGCAGGAUGGAAGCCGUCGCCGCGAUGAUCUUUCCCCCCAUUGCCUCUGUGCCUUCACAUACGGGCCAACUCCCCCUGCCGAUGUCGCCGAGGAGCUAGCAUGGGGUGUUUCGCACCCCUGUUUCCCCCAUUUCAACCCACAUGUCCCAAUCGGGUCGCAUGAGCAUGCGAUCACGCGUGUGAUUCGGAUUCGACGAGAUUGGAUGAUCAAGGGCGAUCUGGCGCCGACGUUUUCGAAUCUUUACCCUGAGAUUCUGGACCCGUUACUUUCUGAGCAGGAGUUCCGCAGGGUGAUUGCCACUGUCAACGAUGGUAUCAUCAAAGCAUUUGAUCCGUUCAGUUUCCGGAAUUGGUUUGACGGCGCAAUGGGCUUGUUGACUGGGUGGGUUUGGGAUGAUCUCAAUGCCCCUGGGGCUAAGAGUCAACUACAGCAUGUUGAAUCUUGGCUAGAGAAGUGGAACCAAGAGGUUGGGGCUAAAGAUGGAGUGUAUAUCUGGAGUUUACGCCGGACGGCUUAUAUGUCGCUCGAUAUCCAGAUCCCUGAUCCCAAGGUUGGCAUUGUGCCCAGUGAGGCUCCCUCUGCUCCUAAUACCAGGCCGAGCACUGGUAUCGCUGGGGUUUGA